AUGGCGCCGAAUCCCAUCCUACCCGUCAAGGGCAAGAACAACGUCCUCAUCACCUCGGCGCUGCCCUACGUGAACAACGUGCCCCAUCUCGGAAACAUCAUCGGGAGUGUGCUGUCCGCCGACGUCUUUGCCCGCUACUCCCGCGCCCGCGGUAACCCCACCGUCUAUGUCUGCGGCUCCGACGAAUACGGUACUGCGACCGAGACCAAGGCCCUCGAGGAGGGCGUCACGCCAUCCGAGCUGUGCGCAAAGUACCAUGCGCUGCACAAGGGUAUCUAUGACUACUUCGACAUCUCCUUCGAUAUUUUUGGCCGGACUCCGACCCCCCAGCAGACCGAGAUCGUCCAGGACAUCUUCACCAAGCUCUGGAAGAAUGGCUUCAUCGAGGAGCGCGAAACCACCCAGCCCUUCUGCCCCGUCGAGGCUCAUCAGUCCUUCCUCGCCGACCGCUUCGUUGAGGGUGUCUGUUCCAUUUGCGCCUACGACGGUGCCAGAGGCGACCAGUGUGACAAGUGCGGCAACCUCCUUGACCCCCUCGAGCCCGAGCCCGAGGCCAACGCGACCGCCGAGGACGACAUUGCCGCGAAGCCCACCGGAUUCCUCAUCAAGCCCCGCUGCAAGCUCGACGGAGCUACCCCCGAGAAGCGCAAGACGAAACACCUUUUCCUCAGACUCGACUCCUUGAGGGACGAGCUCGUCAAGUGGUUCAAGGAGUCUAGCAAGAAGGGCGCGUGGAGCAACAAUGCCGAGCAGAUCACCCAGGCUUGGAUCGACAAGGGCCUGAAGCCCCGUGGCAUCACCAGAGAUCUGAAGUGGGGUGUUCCAAUCCCGACCCACGAGGUCGGCCAGGACUACGCGAAGAAGGUCUUCUACGUCUGGUUCGACGCCUGCAUCGGCUACGUGUCCAUCACCAAGAACUACACCGACGGUGACGACCUUGCCGGCAAGAAGUGGGAGCAGUGGUGGAAGAACCCCGACGACGUCAAGUUGUACCAAUUCAUGGGCAAGGAUAACGUCCAGUUCCACACCAUCAUCUUCCCCGGCUCUCUCAUCGGUACCGGCGAGAACUGGACGAAGCUGCACAAGAUCUCCACCACCGAGUACCUCAACUACGAGGGCGGCAAGUUCAGCAAGUCCAGGGGUGUCGGCGUCUUUGGCAACCAAGUCCAGCAGACCGGUGUGCCCGUCGACGUUUGGAGGUACUAUCUGCUCUCUCGCCGCCCCGAGACGUCCGACUCCGAGUUCAUGUGGCAAGAGAUGGUUGACGGCAACAACAACGAGCUUCUGAAGAAUCUCGGCAACUUCUGCCAGAGAGUCAACAAGUUCUGCCAGGCCAAGACCGACGGCGUCGUUCCCGACUACACAAAGUACACCGACGACUACCUCAAGAAGCACAUCGGCGAGGUAAACACCCUGCUCAAGGAGUACAUCAGCAACAUGGAGGCAACCAAGAUGAGGGCUGGCCUCCAGACCAUCAUGUCCAUCUCAGCCCUCGGCAACAAGUUGCUUCAGGACAACAAGCUGGACAACCGCUUGCUUACCGAGGAGCCCGACCGGUGCGCUGCCGUCGUCGGUCUCGCCCUCAACCAGAUCGACCUUCUCGCCUCUUUGGUUGCCCCUUACCUCCCCAACACCUCCACUGCCAUCCUGAAGCAGCUCGGCGUCGAGCCCAAGCCCUUCAUCCCCGAUACCUGGGUGACCGAUGCCAUCAAGCCUGGCCAUAAGCUCGGAACCCCUGAGCACCUCUUCACGCAGAUCCCGGCGUCCAAGGUCGAGGAGUGGAAGGAUGCCUUUGGCGGCGAGGAGGUGCGGAAGCAGAAGGAGGAGGCCGCCGCCAAGGCUGCGGCGAAGAAGGCGGCAAAGGAGGCCGAAAAGGCUCGUAAGAAGGCCAAGAAGGAGGCCGAAAAGGCCAAGGCGGCCGAAGCUGCGCCCUCCGUCGAGUCGAGCGAGAAGAAGGCCGAGGCCGACCCGGCCAUCGAGGCGGUGACGGAGGCCAUCUCCAAGACGGAGGUCCACACCUCGUAA